AUGGCAAAAACAGAAAUUCGAUUAAUCUCACAUGAAGAUGAAGAAGUUGAAAUUCAUGGAGAUAUUCUGGAAGCUGUACUCUCAUACGUACCAUUAAUCGAUUUGGUUCCAGCCUCCAGUGUUUCCAAGUCGUGGUGCUCCGCUGUGGCGUCCUCCCUCCGCCACCUCAAAAAGCCGAAGCCAUGGCUGAUCCUCCACAAGCAAACCACUCACUCGCCCUACACCGCCAUCACAUAUACAUACGACCCGUGUUCCAAUCAGUGGACCAAAGUAUCCAUGCCGUCGAUGAAUUUCUUCUCGGCACUCAAAUCUUCUCAAUCCAAUUUCCUUUACAUGAUGUCUUCUUCAAAGCUCUCCUUCUCGUUUGAUCCGUUGAAUUCAACAUGGUGUCACGUUGAUCCCCCGCUCAUGUGGCGGACGGAUCCGAUUGUUGCACGUGUCGGGGAUUCCGUGGUGGUUGCCGGCGGCGUUUGUCAAUUCGAGGACGAUCCAUUGGCGGUUGAAGUGUAUGACUUCAAUACACGUGCGUGGUGCACGUGCGAGUCCAUGCCGAUGACUUUGAAGGAAUCGGCAGCUUCAGCUUGGCUUUCAGUUGCGACUGCAAAGGGGAAACUCAUUGUUACAGAGAAACAAACCGGUGUGACUCACUGGUUUGACUCAGAGACGAAAUCGUGGUCGGUACCGUAUAAUCUGAAUCCGGGUCAACCCGUUGUCAAUUACUAUAUUGGGUCCUAUGACGACGAUUUGUUUUUGGUGGGUUUGUGUAAAAACGUUGAACGAUUCAAGAUUUGGAAAGUAAGUGCCGAAAAUUUUUACUGCGAACAGAUUGGAGAAAUGCCCUUUGCGUUUGUUGAGAAAUUGAAGAGUGAAUGUUUUGGAUUCUAUUCAAUAAAUGUUCUUGUGGCGAGGAAUUUCGUGUACAUGUACAAUUCGUGGGAGGUGGGGGAGGUAGUGGUCUGUGAACUGACAAGCGGCGGCGUUAACGGUUGCAGGUGGUGGAGCGUGCCAAAAAUGGUGUCUCGUGAUGGGAUGUUGAAGGAUAGAUUAGUUUUCACAUGUUCUGAAGUUGGGUUCGAUGAGUUGCAACGAGUUAUGAAGACGGAUAACUGGAAAUUUGAGGUAGUGAGUUCUUGA